AUGGCCACCACUACCACCGACCACCGCGUCUGGGAGGAGGAGCCGUGGGACUCGGAUGAGGAAGAGCACGACGCUGACGAGACUCUCGACUCAAUCGUGAAAAGCAAGACUAUCACCUUCUCUAUUCACGCUAACUACACGAACUGGGCGCCGAGAGAAGCUUUCCGUGAGUUGGUGCAGAACUGGCGAGACGGCAUCAUCAAAGCCUUUAGGCUCAACGCACGGGACUUCUGCGUCGUUCGGCAGGAGAAGCCAUCGGGAAACGACACCGAAAUCGUGUACAAAGUAUUACGCACCCAACCCGACGACGACAGCAAGGAAUGGCUCGGCUACAUCCGCUACAAAGGCCGCAACGGCGAAGGCACCGUUAACAUAACGAACCGGUCGGCCACCCUCCAGCCCUGGCAUCUGGACCUCGGCGGGACGAGCAAGGCACACGACGACGGCCAGGCCGGGGCCCAUGGCGAGGGUCUCAAGCUUGCUCUCCUCGUCCUCAUGCGCGGCAUGCAGAACCACGGCGUUCGAUGCCGCUCGGGCGGGUUCAACUGGAAGUUUAACUUCAGUACCCGUGGCCGGCUGGUGGCUCGUCUGAACCGCAUGUCGCCCGCGGCCAUCGAAAAGGCCGCCGAUCAGGCCACGCGGCUAAGCCAACGGACGCUGCUCCCUUUUGGGAGCCACCCGGGGCGCGAUGUACAGUUCGUCAUUGGGGAGACUCACCGGGGCCUGAAUGAACGGGGUGCUCCGGUGUGUCGGAGUCCCGUGAGCCAAAACGACUUCGAAGCCUGGACCAAGGCUGCGCUAUUCCUCCACAACGCACAAGACGGGGCCAUUAUCUCGACCGACGCCGGCGAUCUUCUUACAGGCCCGGACCUCCGCGGGUGCAUAUAUCUGAAGGGACUUUUGCUCUCCGAGUCUCUUCCCGGUCGGUCGGCUAGCAUCACGAGCCAGCCGCUUCAGUUCGGCUACAACUUCGCUCGUGGGUACACAAACCGCGAGCGGCAGUCAGUGGGCAGCGCGAAUGAAGAGGCUCGGUCCAUUCUCGGCGUCUGGAGCAAGGCGCUGGAGGUUAAGCCCGAGAUGGUUUCGGAGCUCAGCGCCUUGCUUAAUACCACAGAGCCGAAGUAUGCCGAUAUCGCGGGUGCAAAGAGCAACAUGAAUUUCGAGACGGCAAGUCGGCUGAAAACGUAUCUCGGGGGCGCUCAGUUUGCAAAUAAGUGGUACUAUUGCAGUGAGGACCUGGCCAAGAAUCCGAGACUCGAACAUGUCAUUCAAGGGCUCGGAUGCGAAGGGGUCCAGUUGACGGACACAUACUGGGCUAUCCUACGCCGGCACGGUUUAGUUCGCACCGCCGAAGAAGAAGAACACCGUCGUUUUAUCACCGCACCGCCUGUUGCAGCCACAGAGUUGGAGUCUGCUUUUGCCCAGUCGGUCCAUCGCCUGCUCCGCGCUUGCCUGCGUGCUUGUCCCAAGACAAGCGGAAUAACCAUCCAAUUUGUCCAAGCCGGUCGGCUCCACCUCCAACUGUUGUAUUCCGAGCCGGAGGCGUUGUUUCGGGUCCAUGAGCGGUGGCUCUCCAACGACAGCGCCAUAGAGGCGAUGGGUUUCCCAGCCGACUGGCUCCUCGAGGACGUCGCCGUCCAUACCGUGAAACGACUCUUUGCCGACGCCCUGGAGCAGCUUCCGUGCCAUGUGUUCGAGGAUGAUGCUUCUCAGACGGGGGAGUGGGGAAGGAAACUGGAAGUCAGCCGCGCUGAUCAGAGACUGCUCACGUAUCUCCGAAUUGGGCAACCAGAAAUGUACCCCAGCUCCGAGUGGACCAAGCAUAUGCAGUUCACCUUGAUAUGGGGAACAAAGCAUCUAGCGAAUGAAUUCGAACUCCGUUUUGAGGUACAGUGCCAUAGCGCAUCGCGAUGCCCCCACCGGCGUGAGAACUUCUUGAUCGCAGAAGAUGCCCGUGCCGACAGGUUGAUGUGUACGAUGAAGAAUAUCAGGGAUGAUUCGGAAGAUGAAGCAGAGCCCCGUCCCGGAGACAUACCCAAUUCCCAAAUCGCCACCUGUCGGUCCUAUCAAUACCAGUAUUUCCCAACAGGGAUACACUACGAAGACCACUUAGAGCCAGGCGAGCAGUGCUUCUUUGUGGUGCUACUGCCGGAAUAUCCGGAUUCCUUUGUCGCCUUGUCCCCCAUCUCGCCCCCCGCCAAAGAACGUGUGCUACGGAAACCGCGGAAAAGUGGUCCACACGCUGACUUCCAUAUACGGCGGUCCCGUGACGCCAACGGCGGUAUGGCCAAGGAUCGGGACGUAGUCUUGUCACCAGGAAGGCAAGAAGACACCGCGACUCCGCUGCCGACCAAUGUGGCACCCGUCGCAAAGCAGUCCACCGCUGUCAUCCCAGCGCCGGCCCCGGCGAUAACCACUGCACCGACAGGCACUUUUACGCUCGGGCCGAGGCUCUCCGCCCUAGACGUCUUCAAACUCGAUAGACAUCGAUGGUACGAGGCUAGGAACACGGAAAACGUGAAGGCGGUCAUUGCUAUCUUGGCUGGGGAGAAGACCCUGCCGGAGGAGUCGAAGAAGCGCCAGAGAAAGGAUUGA